ACUUCAAUUUUCAAGCACCAGUCGAACACCGGUCUUUCUUCGAGCUUGAGCUGUCGCUUGUUCGUUCACGCGAGCGUCAACACGUGCGUUCGAAGAUUGUUUACUUUUGUAUUUCGUCGCCAAUUUUGGGAUUAGCUGGAUUAAAAUUGUGGUUAGACAAGCAGUAGUGAGUUUAGUUCGUGUAAGUGUGAAAAUUAUGUGAUUUCCUGAUGUACUUCUAAGUGAUUCUGAUUAAACAUGCCUCAACAAACGAUUUUGCGUCACAACCACCUUCCGAACGGUCAUAUUUCAAAUGGACACCUAGCCAACGGCCAUAUUCCAAAUGGACACGCUGGUCAUAACGGUCACGCAGGACAUAAUGGACAUGCCGGUCAUAAUUCACAUGCCGGUCAUAACGGACACGCGUUCGGUCAUACAAACGGUCAUAUCCCACAAAAUGGACACCCGCACUUCAUACAGAAUGGUCAUGGUAAAAGCAACGGACAUAUUGGUCCAAACGCCAAUGGUAGGGCCUGGUUGAAUGGACAUGCAACUAAACCAGAAGACAAACAGUCAACAAUUUCGAGGUAUUGCACAACAGAGAGACAAAGAAACAAUAACUACCAGGCCAUAAGAAGAAACUGCAGGGAAAGAGGCAUUCUGUUCGAAGAUGCUGAUUUUCCAACUUCGACAAAGGCAUUAUACCACCACAAAAAGAUCCCCUUGCAACCCAUUACCUGGAUGAGGCCUCAUGAAAUCUGCCAAAGACCAAAAUUCAUCAGUGAGAAUUCCAAUGACACACAAAGAUUCCAAGUAGAGGCUGGUGAAUUGGGAGACCCAUGGCUGUUAGGGGCUAUAGCCUCCUUGGCACUCACACCCAAAUUUCUGGAGAGGGUGAUUCCUUCUGAUCAAGGAUUUGAAAACUCUCAUGCAUAUUGUGGAGUAUUCAGGUUUCGUUUUUGGCAUUUUGGAGAAUGGAGAGAAGUUGUGGUUGACGACAAACUACCAACACACAAAGGAAGACUGGUUUAUCUACAUAGUACAAAUAGUAUAGAAUUUUGGGCGGCCUUACUAGAAAAAGCUUAUGCAAAAUAUUACGGAAGUUAUGAGUGCUUAACUCAAGGAUCAACAACAAGAGCACUUCAGGAUUUGACCGGUGGAAUAGUACAAAGUUUUGGAUUGACACACCAGGACAGAUUUUUAACGUUUCAAGUUCUGAACAGUGCAGUUCCAAGGUCUAGUCUACUGAUAGCUACAAUUUCUCAGGAGAAAGAUAGCAAGAGACAGCUUCGCCUGAGAAAUGGUCUCAUCACCCAGCACGCUUACAGUGUUACAGGAUUGGCUAGGGUUAGGGGAGCUGCUGGUGAGACCCCCCUAGUGAGGCUGAGGAACCCUUGGGCGAGGGGAGAAUGGACUGGGGCUUGGAGUGAAAGAUCUUGGGAAUGGGAUGGUCUAUCUAACAGAGAUAAGGAGCUUUUGAGUGUGAGAGUGACGAACGAUGGAGAAUUUUGGAUGUCUUUUGAAGAUUUCUCCAGGCAUUUCACACAACUUGAUCUGGUGCACAUCGGUCCAGACGACUGGAUGAUGGAAUCUGCACUCCAUUCUAAACAACCUUGGAGGGCAGUUCUGGCUAGGAGAAGAUGGAGAACAGGAUACAAUGCUGGUGGAGGACCAAGUUAUAUUGAAACAACGGCUAUGAACCCCCAGUUCCACGUCCAGAUUCCCAGAACGUCCACCAACAAAUGCCAUGUGGUGGUUUCCAUCACGCAGUUCUAUGAAACCAACGUGAUGGAUGUGAAGAAGAAGAAGCCGCUUUUUGCCAUCGGAUUCGCAGUCUAUGAAGUUCCACAUUCCAUGCAGAGGCUAACGCCUCAUUUCGUGGCGGAGCAGAAACCUCUAGACGUAACAAACCACUCAGUAGCAAGAGAAGUGGUAACUUUCUUCACCUUACCUCCUGGAGACUACAUCAUAGUACCACAGACCAAUGUGCCGAAUCAGGAUGGAAAAUUUCUCCUUAGGAUAUUCACAGAUGAACAGAGCAACAUAUGGGAAGUAAACGAGGAUAACAUGAUAAUUAGGAAUAUUUCCAGUGAAUUUCUGGAAGAAAACGCUUCCAUUAUGACCGAUGGCAAAUUCGUACUUUCCAAAUUCUUGAUGAAAUAUCCACCAGAGAUCGAUGCUAGUCAAUUGCAGAAAAUUCUGAGAACCCACUGGAAGAAUUACUUGUCGGAAAAACCAACCCUUGAGCUCUGCAAAGGGUUGAUAAUGCUGAGAGACUUCAACAUAAGUGGUAGACUGAAUAUGCUGGACGUACCUAUGUUAUUGCACAUGUUGCAAUUUUGGAGGUUGGCGUUUCAAAAGUUCGAACGUAAUCACAAUAGUGGAAAAACCUCCAGUUAUAAUCUGAGAUCGCUUCUUUGGGAAGCUGGAUGUACUGUGAGCAACAAGGUACUAGAAUGCUUGGUACUACGAUUCGCUAAAAACAGAAUUCUCACUACUGAAAAUUACAUAAUGGCUCUAGUUCGUCUACAUCUCGCUCAUGAGAGGUACCACAACAUAGACACUAAAAUGAAAGGGAACCCUUUGACUCUCGAAGAGUUGAUAUUAAUGACGAUAUAUUCGUAAUGAUGCAGCAUGGCGUCCAAAACAACUGGGAAACAUGAGGCUCUAACUAACCAACUCGGUUAAUUUCAAGCAACCAAAGAUUUAUGUUCAUGAUUGUUUACUGUUGAUUACUUCACAUUUAUUAUUUCCGCUAAACCUGUACAUAAAGCAUAAAUUUUAUUUAUUGAUUAUUUAAUUCUUGAUAUGUGCAAUAUAUAAAUUUGUGUUAGCUCAGACAUUUAUGACACAAAAUAAAAAUAACAAUUUAUGAUA